CUGCAUUCACUAUAUCUGGUCUCCCGGACCCUGCAUUCACUAUAUCUGAUCUCCCCGGACCCUGCAUUCACUAUAUCUGGUCUCCCCAGGACCCUGCAUUCACUAUAUCUGGUCUCCCCGGACCCUGCAUUCACUAUAUCUGAUCUUCCAGGACCCUGCAUUCACUAUAUCUGGUCUCCCCGGACCCUGCAUUCACUAUAUCUGGUCUCCCCCCGGACCCUGCAUUCACUAUAUCUGGUCUCCCCGGACCCUGCAUUCACUAUAUCUGAUCUCCCAGGACCCUGCAUUCACUAUAUCUGGUCUCCCCGGACCCUGCAGUCACUAUAUCUGGUGUCCCCGGACCCUGCAUUCACUAUAUCUGGUCUCCCAGGACCCUGCAUUCAUUAUAUAUCUGGUCUCCCCGGACCCUGCAUUCACUAUAUCUGGUCUCCCCAGACCCUGCAUUCACUAUAUCUGGUCUCCCCGGACCCUGCAGUCACUAUAUCUGGUCUCCCCGGACCCUGCAGUCACUAUAUCUGGUCUCCCAGGAAUCUGCCCUGCAGUCACUAUAUCUGUACACACAACAAAUACCUUUUCUCAUCGGCAGUAUAUAGCAGUCUUGUG